UUAUGCAACAGUGACACUCACGCACACAACACAAACACACACACACAGACACGCUUUUCUCUCUGUGUGUUAACAGACGUUGUCCAUGCUUUCUCGGUGUCUGUCUCUGUCGCCCCCUUUCUCUCUCUAAAUCCCUUUCUCUCUCUACCUGACUCAAAUUCCCUGAUUUUAUCGUUUUCUCGCCACACCCCAGAUUCCGCCGCGUGAGGGUGAGCCCUCCGAUGUGCUGACGUCACGUCACCAUGGGCCAGUGCUACGGCAAGACCAAUCUCGCGCCGGAAAAUGACGCCACCGCGGCCACCACCAACACCGAGACCACCGCGGUUGUCGCCGGAUCAGGCGACGUCCCGCCCUCUCCGCUGCCGGCCAAGGACACGCCCGCGCGGGCCAGCCCCUGGCCGAGUCCCUUCCCCCACGGCGGCGGUGGCGUGACGCCGUCACCGGCGAGGGGCACGCCGAGGAGGUUUUUCAGGCGGCCGUUCCCGCCGCCGUCUCCGGCGAAGCACAUAAGGGCGUCUCUGGCAAAGCGGCUCGGGCACGCGAAGGCGGCGCCGAAGGAGGGGCCGAUCCCAGAGGAGGAGGCGGCUGCGGCUGCGGCGGCGGCGGAGCAGACGCUGGAUAAGAGCUUUGGGUAUGGUAAGAAUUUUGGGGCGAAAUUCGAAAUUGGGAAAGAAGUGGGGCGAGGGCAUUUUGGUCAUACUUGCUAUGCUAAGGGGAAGAAGGGUGAACUCAAAGACCAGCCUGUUGCAAUUAAAAUCAUUUCCAAGGCCAAGAUGACCACUGCAAUAGCAAUUGAAGAUGUUCGCAGAGAGGUGAAGAUAUUAAAAGCUCUAUCUGGCCAUAAACAUCUCGUCAAAUUUCAUGAUGCUUUUGAGGAUGCCAACAAUGUGUACAUAGUUAUGGAAUUGUGUGAAGGUGGGGAGCUUCUUGACAGAAUUUUGUCAAGGGGAGGAAAGUAUUCUGAGGAGGAUGCCAAGGUUAUAGUUUUGCAGAUCCUAAGCGUAGUUGCAUUUUGUCAUCUUCAAGGUGUUGUGCACCGUGACUUGAAACCUGAGAAUUUCCUCUACACUUCGAGAAGUGAAGAUGCUGACAUGAAGUUGAUUGAUUUUGGUCUUUCUGACUUCAUCCGACCAGAUGAGCGACUGAAUGACAUUGUUGGGAGUGCGUAUUAUGUUGCACCUGAGGUCCUUCACAGGUCAUAUAGUCUGGAAGCAGAUAUAUGGAGUAUUGGUGUUAUUACCUAUAUCUUAUUAUGUGGAAGUCGACCUUUCUACGCACGGACAGAAUCUGGAAUUUUUCGUGCAGUGCUUAGAGCUGAUCCUAACUUUGAUGAUUUACCUUGGCCUACUGCCUCUGCUGAGGCCAAGGACUUUGUGAAACGGCUCCUAAACAAAGACUACCGGAAAAGAAUGACAGCUGUCCAAGCUCUAACUCAUCCUUGGUUGAGGGAUGACAGCUGUCCCAUCCCUUUAGAUAUAUUAGUUUUUAAACUAGUGAAGGCUUAUCUUCAUGCAACACCAUUCAAACGUGCAGCAGUGAAGGCCCUUUCAAAAGCCUUGCCAGAGGAUCAAUUGCCCUACCUUAGUGCACAAUUCAGAUUGUUGGAACCAAAUAGAGACGGGCACAUCUCCCUCGACAAUUUCAAAAUGGCUCUUGUACGCAAUGCAACUGAUGCCAUGAGGGAGUCAAGGGUUCUUGAGAUCAUAAAUGCGAUGGAGCCACUUGCCUAUAGAAAGAUGGACUUUGAAGAAUUUUGUGCAGCUACAAUCAGCACACAUCAAUUGGAAGCACAUGAUAGGUGGGAAGAUAUUGCCUCAACUGCUUUUGAACAUUUUGAGAGAGAAGGCAACCGUCUGAUAUCAGUUGAAGAAUUAGCCAGAGAGUUGAAUCUUGGGCCUUCAGCUUAUUCAGUUCUCAAAGAUUGGAUAAGAAAUACUGAUGGAAAGCUUAGUUUACUUGGAUAUACAAAAUUUUUGCAUGGUGUGACUCUCCGUAGUUCAAACCCAAGACAACACCGGUAGUCUUGGGCCCUUUGACAUAUAGUUUGAAUAUGCGGGAAAAAAAAUAGAUUUAGAGAUUUUUUGUGGAUUUUUUCUUCUAUCAUUUUUCUUUAUGGGGCAAAAAAGAAUAUGUAUAAAUGAAUGUGUUAGCAAGUCAAUACAGGGAAUGUCGAGUCAAUUAUAUGCCAAAUCCUUGCUCCUUUGGCCUAUUUCGCAAAUGAUAUGUUUGCCAUGGGUCUGAUCCCAUGAAUAUUCAUUAAUUUGUGAAUGCUUUUAAAGAUUACAUAUAGUCAAAAUUAUUGAUCUUUUGCUGUCA